CUGCAGAAAUGGGUAUCAGAGUCUCGGGAGCAUUUGGUCCUGAUCAAGUUAACAGUUUGAUCCAGAUGCAAGGCGCAGACAAACGAGCCAAUCACAGCGGCUCCAGCAGGAGGGGCUGGCAGCUCUGCUCAGCAGCGCACCACAAAGUUGCGGAGCAUCUCCGACUCCCCGCUUCCUUGGCUUCACUUGAUAUCCGUCGCACCUGCAACUCGCCUCUCCGCCAGACACCAGUCUCUACCUUACUUCGUCCUCUCCCCGUCAACACUUUGAGCGAUCCGCUGAAUAUCAAGGUGUGUCUCGACUCGUCUCAGAGAUGCUGGCUUGUGCGGAGAUGAUCACUAUGUGCCUGCAGUCGGCCAAACAGAAGCAUCUUCGGGCUCAGCAGCAACAGCAGCCGCUGCACAUCGCAGAACAAGGGCUUACUAUCUUUCAUGAUAUUUUCCGUCGAGCGGACAAAAACGAUGAUGGCAAACUGUCAUUUGAGGAGUUCAAUGCUUACUUCGCAGAUGGAAUCCUGACUACUGAGGAGCUACAGGAGCUUUUCUACUCCAUAGAUGGCCGACAGAAUAACAAUCUGGACACUGACAAGCUAUCAGAUUAUUUUUCUCAGCACCUGGGAGAGUAUCUCAAUGUUCUUUCAGCUCUGGAGAGCCUUAAUUUUGCCAUUUUAAAGGCAAUGGAUAAAACUAAAGAGGAGUACCAGGGUUCCAGUGUGUUGGGCCAGUUUGUCACCAGGUUCAUGCUAAGAGAGACGUCCAGUCAGCUUCUGUCUCUACAGAGGUCACUUCAGUGUGCCAUGGAGGCUGUGGAAGAGCAGAGCAGCCCUGCUCCGAGAGAGGCGAAGGCACCAGAGCUGACAGCGGUACAGAGGAAUGGCAGGCGGUGUGGUCGCAGGGUCCAUAAUAACCUGUGCUUGUCCCCAUCAGAUCCCUGCCCUGGCAUCCUGACCACAGGUGUGAGCGUGGAAGAUGGAGAAAACUGGUGCUCUCAAAUCAACAGGCUGCAGCAACUGCUGGAUAAACUGGAGUGUCAGGGUCCCAAAUUAGAGCCACUGAAAGAGGACACACUGGCCAGCACGUACAAGUCUAACAUUCUGCUGGUUCAGAGGCAGAUGUCCGUGACCGACGACAAUCUGGACAAGUUCCGGAAAGUUCUGAAAGGCUACCUGGAUGCCACCUCAGCCCACUCUGACAACCUGCAUGUGUCCGUUCAGAAGCUCCCGGGAAAGUCGUGUUACAUAAUGUAUGAGUUCUGGCAAGACCGCAUCUCCUGGAUGAGCUACCUGCAGUCCAACGGCAGUAAAGAUUUCCAGCGCUGCAUCAUUGACAUGUUGGAAGAUGCCGAAGUAGUUUCUACUAUGCUGAUCCCAGCUUCCUGGUGGAUCAUGACUAACAACUAACAACUGAAUCCAGAAUGUCACAUCUACUGCCUACACUGUCACACGGACAAAGACACGCACACACCAACCCACACACACACACACACACACACACACACACACGCACACAAGAACAUAUACAAAACGCACACACACAGAGGAAUUCAAAAGGCAUCCAUGUGUUUGAAAGCGACAGGAGACAGAAACAAUGGCGUCACCCACCAUUCUCCAGCAGCAUCUCUUAAAGUUCCUCUGCCUUCGACUGCUCAUUAUUGUGCCGCUUAGAUCAAAAGGGAUAGUUGCACCGUAUAGCCACUCUAUAGACAUGAAAGUGACUGAUUCUCUGCAAUGCAAAUUCCCUUUGAUUGAAGUUUUUUUAUAACCCUGUCUCCCACUUGUGCUAUGGCCUCCUCUCUCUUGCAGUGUUUGUCUGAUAUUAUGCCAGUGGAGAGCAACCAAAACGAUGCUAAUAUAGGCUACUAAAGCAAAUCCAGUUGGAAUGAAAAUAACCAUGCCAGUAGUGUUUUGUGCUUUUGAUGAGUGGUUUACUGUUGAAUACAAUUAAAAAGGAGGGAAAAGCAGAGAAGAUGAGGAGAUGAAGAAUUGCCGCUGUCUAAAAAUGCAUGCUGAUGACUGUGGUCAAGAGCUUUCAGGAAUAGUUACUUUAAAUCCUGACUGUAAAUGUUGUAUGAUACUGUACCACUGUGUUUCUCUCAUUCUGCUGUCCAACUGUCAUGUGCACAGAAUGCCAAAAACAGGUAUUAUCAGAAAAAAAAAACGACAUCUGCCCUGACAUCUACUGUAUCUAUUGUUAGAGUAUAUUAGUUACAUCUAAGGGAAAUAAACACUUUGUGAGGGGAUUUCACUGUAUCUGUAAGUUAUAAAGAGAAAAUAUAAUUAAUGUAUCAUGUAUUUAUUUUGAUUCCAUCUGUACAUAUGGAAAUCACUUAUAUUAAUACUUCUGUUGUGUUUUGGUUCAGUAAUGUACACCACCAAUUGUAAAACUGAAAAGCAACUUUAAAUAAACCA